AUGAUCACAGUUUGUUUUGUGAUGCUCCUGAUUGGAGCAUCAUCAAUCCAGAGCAGUGCAGCGUCGAGUCUGCCUUUCAAAAACGAGAUUAUUCCCAACGUCACCAUCUUCAUAGGAGAAUACAUGGAACUCUCUUUCGACGGAAUGACUCAUCUGGAAAUCGAAAACGGAAAUGCGCUUCCAGCAUGGAUGCUGUUCGAUGGCCAGCUUCUUCAGGCUCUGUCUUCUGAAACCGACGUAGGCGUGUACCCAUUGAAGGUCAGUUAAUCGAAAGUGAAAAAAACAGCAACGUUGCAUCACUUUCGUCUUUCUUGUUAAAGUUUUCUUUAAAUUUUUCCAGGCCAGUUGAGAACAAAGACGAUGAGAAUUAAUCAGUGGUUAUGAACAGUUUUAUUAUUCACUGUUUUCUUUUCAGGGAAUCAGGGAUGGAGUCAAGAAAGAAUUUUUCUUCUCGAUCACCGUGAAAAACGAGUUCAAGAGCCAAUGCUUUCCAGAAGUCCCACACUGGAUCGUCUCUUUCUCGAACAAUGAACCGACGGUAUGUUGAAACAACGCACUUAUCUGACAAUUUUUGAUUGAUUCUUGAAGGUUACAAACAAAAUCCAUGAUUUGAAAGUUUUGGCGGAACGGACGAUUGAUUUUAAUGAACUCAGGGUGUUCAACACCAUUUUUUUAAACGCUGUUCUCGAUGCAAAAAUUGUGGUCAACGAGAAUGUUCAAUCGGGGACAUAUGCCGUCUUGUGGCUGGUGUCUUGUGAACAGGCAUUCGAUAUGCGAGAAAUCGCAGCCGAACUUGGCAGUGACGAUUAUUUCAAUUCCGCACAAAUGAGAGUGGGAGAGUUUCGACAGGCGCCCGCCCAACCGUACACAAACAUUGGGCCAGUGUAUUUGCCCUCUCUCGGCCUCCCCGCUUUCAAUUGCGUCAAGUGAGUUUUAAUUUUUUGCUGACUGUUAGACAUUCAAUCUGCAGUACGCCCGAUAUGUAAUUUAAGGAUUCCCACCCCUUUCGCAGUCUUGAACUACAUAGAAAAGCUACAAAAAACCUGUGAAUGGCAUUCGAUUUGAAAACAAACGAUUAAUUUGAUUUUCUUGGUUCACAAAACAUUUUCAAAUCAAGCCAACACGCGCCCGGAGGUUGAUUUAUAUAAUAACACAAGUGACACUUAGAAAUGUUUGAUUGCUCUUCUAUUUUUGUUAGAACGAUUAAAAUUUAGGAGUUCUAAACUUAUUGGGCGCAAAAAUGUCAAAAUUAUAGAUUGAAAUGUCAUUAUUUCAGGGGAAUGGUGUGCGAACUCGAUUUUACGGAAGCGAUGAAAAAGCUCAAGUUCACAAGCCCUCAGUAUCGGAUAAAUGUUUUUGGAGAGAAAAGGGACGUCUGGAUGUGUGACGCGUUUGAUGAGGUGAUCUAUGGAGUGCCAACUAUAGCCGGGCUGUUCACGUAUAACAUGGAACUGAUCAAUAACGGCGAAAGCCUAGUCACUGGCUCUUUUAAUGUCAUUGUCUCGGAUCUUCAUUCAUCACCACCAACCCAUCAGAUCGUUAUUGCAUUCGAGUGGCCGUCAUUCGAUGAUUUCUCCAACGAUCCUUUUCACCGCCUAAAUUUGAUAAAUGGCCUGGAAGCUGAUCUGCGUAUCAAAUCCGAUCGUGUUCUUCUCCAUCCUAUCACAAGGGGACCAUCAAAUCACGCAAUAGUCGUUCUCAGUGACCCGACGCUCAGUAACAGCUGCACCUCCAAAAAAGAUUGCGAUUGCCAAGCAUUGGACCGGUUGGUUCAACCUAUUCCAACGGAUGACGAAAGGAGAAAAGUAUUCUUUUCGCCGUUCCGUAUUGUGCAUGUCGAAAUCAAUUUGCCCGAACCUUGCUGGCCACUACCAAAAAGAAUAAUCUCGGUAGUCCAAAGGAUCUGCAUACCUCUCGCUCUUCUCAUUAUUUUUUGUCUGCUGUCGUUGAAGGUCUUGACUUAUUUCAAGAAAAGAGGCGCAGUUCGAGCGGAUUCGAAAGAGAUGGAGCUCGGAAUUAUUGCCACUGCAUCGAACACUGUCGCGGAUGACACUUCGUCGAUGAAGUCGUUCCAGUCGCUCAAAUCCAACGAGAACAACGAAGUUUGA